GGCCGCAUCGAGAUCGCACCUAUCGAGUGCCCGCGGCACCGGAGAAUCACCUACUCGAAGCGCAAGGCUGGCCUCGUCCGCAAGGCCACGGAGCUCGCUGUUCUUUGUGACGCUGACGUGGCGGUGCUGAUGUGCAAUGCCGACAAGAGGCUCAGCGUCUACUCGAGCAGCCCUGUCGACCACGUCCUCGAGAAGUUC